CGGGGCGGACCGAGGUCGGGGCGCGGGCCGGGCGGCACCAGUGCGGUCCGAAGACAGGCAGGGUGCACCCGGGGCUCGCGGCGCCGGCCCGACCAUGGUGCAGGCCUGGUACAUGGACGAGGCCGACGACGACCCGCGGCGGCCCCACCGCGCGGAGCCCGACCGCCCGGUCGGCCUGGAGCAGCUGCGCCGGCUCGGGGUCUAUUACUGGAAGCUGGAUGCCGACAAGUAUGAGAAUGAUCCAGAAUUAGAAAAGAUCCGAAAAGAGAGAAACUACUCCUGGAUGGAUAUCAUAACCAUAUGCAAAGAUAAACUGCCAAAUUAUGAAGAAAAGAUUAAGAUCUUCUACGAGGAGCACUUGCACCUGGACGAUGAGGUCCGCUACAUCCUGGAGGGCAGCGGCUACUUUGAUGUCAGAGAUAAAGAGGACAAGUGGAUCCGGAUUUUCAUGGAGAAAGGAGACCUGAUAACUCUGCCUGCAGGCAUUUAUCACCGCUUCACGCUGGAUGAGAAGAACUACGUCAAGGCCAUGCGGCUGUUUGUGGGAGAACCGGUGUGGACGGCGUACAACCGGCCGGCUGACCACUUCGAGGCCCGAGGCCAGUACGUGAAGUUUUUGGCGCAGUCAGCCUAGGGCGCCACUUGCGGCCUGGCGCCCCUUGUGGCGGUCCUGGACGUGACGACAGCGGAAAAUCUAUCGUUUCCUCCUUCCUUUCUGUUAGACUUGAGGCUAGGUGAGCUUUCCUUUGUGAGAUUAUUUGAUCAGAAUAUGUUUUAAUGAAAGGAGCUAUAAAACUGAUUUUUACGUAGAAGCAACUGUGGAAAUGUGAACGAAUCACAUGCCUUUUCUCUAGUUUGAGAUGAGUGGUUCGGUAGCCCUGUGUUAGCGCACGCAUCAACAGUAACCCGAAUGAGUCCCACCUCCUCCAUGCAGCCCUCAGCUGCCCGACCUGGACCUGGCGCUUCCACUCUAGGCAGCUUUCAGUCAACGCCCCGCCUGCCUGAGGAGAAGGUGUGAUGGUAGCUGACUGACAGGUGGAGACACCUUUGUCCCAGCACCCCAGACGAAGAGUGCUGGGGGACAAGCCCUCGUGUCGGGGACGCUCACAGUUGCUCCCCCCACUUUCUUGUUCCCAGGGGAGGAACUGCCUUAAUCCUGCUCGUGGCUGGAGGUCACCGUGUGUCGAGGGCCGCGGCGUUCGGUGAAGCGCUCCGUGUAGAGUCUCCGUGGUCGUAGGUGUAGAUGGUUCGUUUCAUCUGCGUUAGUGUUUGUUCAGUGUGAGAUUUCUAGGUUAACGUCACCUACUAUAAAUCUUUUACAAUCAAGCUUUUGAAUUUUAACAAGAAAACUAGGAUGUUAUUUUUUUACUCAAUUCUGAGAGAUGAUUAUACCUAAUUUGUUAGAAUCAUAGAAAAACCCCAAAUCAACCUCAUGUUUUAGAAGGGCGGGUUGUGUGAAGUACUCUUUAAACUGGAUUAAAACCUCCAUGUUAAAGUUAA